AUGUAUUCCACCCAGCCUAACGGCGCAGAGGGUGCGACCAUCAAUCCCGCGACAAUCAACCCUGCUGCUCUGAACUCUGAACUAUUGAAUUCGAACUCCCGCGGCCUGAAGCGCAGUCGUUCGCCAGAAUCUUACCAGGACGCGCAGUCAACUGGAACCCCCGGAGACGAUGGUGAUUCGAGACAGGCCAAGAAGCGCGGCCGGCCGAUGAAGCCAACACGAACGUCUGGCAGCUUUUCCGAACACUCUCAUCAGCAGACCCCAAUACCUCCUCCCCAAAUGUCGCAAUCCAUACCGCCGCACACCCCGCAGUCGCAGAAUGCCUCACUACCUGGGCAGCCUGGGAACUAUACCCCGGCCCAGGCGUCGCCUCCUCCGCCCAAGUCCACGCCAACGAAGACCACAUUGAAAGCCCUCCCGACCGUCCGCGAUCAUACGACCGACCAGCUCGGCCCCGGCGGAGACGAGUACCUGCCGCGCGAAUCUGACGAGGCUGGUGAGAAGAAGGUUAUGCCGAAUGGCCAACUGCUUGGUGGGCGCGAAUAUCGAUGUCGGGUCUUCCUCGUCCCACACCGCGGCGACAAAUUAUUCAUGCUUGCUACGGAAUGCGCAAGAGUGCUGGGAUAUAGGGACUCAUACCUGUUGUUUAACAAGAACAGGUCGCUUUUCAAGAUCAUCGCCAAUCAGACGGAGAAGGAUGACCUCGUCCAGCAGGAGAUCUUGCCAUUCUCGUACCGGUCUCGGCAAAUUGCCAUCGUCACGGCGCGGUCGAUGUUCCGUCAAUUCGGUAGCAGGGUUAUCGUCAACGGGCGCAGAGUGCGAGACGACUAUUGGGAGGGCAAGGCAAGAAAACAAGGAUUCACCGAGGCUGACUUGGCCGGCGAGAAGAGACCAGGCGCGGCCAAAGCCAGAGAAGCAGCCGAGGCCAGCAACAACGUGGCACCACUUCCAGGAGGUCCUCAUGGCGAAAUAGUCUAUGCCAAUACCUCGCAGUUUGGCAAUGGUCCGCAGCCCCCACUCGUUCAACCAGGUAUGAUGGGACCGCCAGGAAGCUCGACCAGAAUGCCCAUGAUAACAGUAGGACCAGAUCUAAAUGACACGAGGACGCGCGACUACAGCAACUUCAUCAAGGGAGGCCCUCGCCAGGAGAUCACCGGCCAGGCUUACCAGGACAGAACACAGUCUAGUCCCAUCAACGAAAUCCACCAGCAAGCACACCAUGCCGCCGAGUUCAACCGCACCGUCAACGCGCAGCGCGAUAUCAGGAAUGACUACAUGCAAGGCAUAUGGCGUAGGCCUCACGAGCAGCCGGUCUCUACUCAGGCCGUCGGCCCCGAAACUACAUUACCUACGACGAGACCAGGUCAGUCACCUCACACUGCCUCCGCAGUUAUGCAGCCCUCUGGUAUGGUCCCGAACCAAAGCCCGCAAAUGAUGAUGACUGCUGCGCCGUACUCGCAGCCAAUCCACUCUCAGCAGUCGAUGAGCCAGGCGCCCAUGCGAGGCAUGCCCCAGCCAUCUGCGCAGAAGCCAUCCAGGCCAGCAAACAUCCAGCCUGGCAACAGCAGCAUGCCACAGGGCAAUCCGACGUACAACUAUGGCUCUACCAACCAAAUGUGGGGUCCCCCUCAGACACCGCAGACGCCUCAACAUUACCAGGGAUAUACUGCCCAGGCUCAGGCGUCACCUCACCCGCAGCAGCAGCAGCAGCAGCAGCAGCAGUCACCCGUGCCUCAGCUUCGGCAUCCGGGCGGGACGCCCCAGAUGCAGCCCGGUACUAUGCAGUAUCCCGGUAUGGCGAGUAUGGCCCAGGGCUACCCCAACCCGGGCCAAGGGAUGUAUCAUCCAGAACAAACCCCGAGGCAGUUCAUGCCUUCGAAUCCAGGUGCUCUGCCGGCCGUGUCGUCGGCGUGGAGCAACCCCCAGACUUCUGCUGGUGGCAACUGGUGGGCAAAUCAACCUCAAUGA